AUGGAGUUCAAAGUCACCAUUAAAAAAUAUGUGGUUGGAAUUUGUAAAGUAUCAAUUUGGAAAUAAAUGACUCAUUUAUUAAAACACAAUGAUAUUGUUAUAAACCUAGAAUUAAUGAAACAUUUAAUAUCAAAAGGAUAAAAAAAUUAAUAGAAUAAUUAAAAAAAAGGAAAAAUGGACAAUUUUUUUUUUGUAGGUAAUAAAGAAUAAAUGAAGGCGAACCAUACAAUGAAAUUGGGCUAAAAGUUGAAAAUGGUUAAAUUUGUUUGAAACUUUUGGGAAUUAGAGCUCUAAUAGAAAAGCCAAAAUAUUUUAUGAAGGAGAAUAUUAAGAUGGGAAAAAAAUUGGAUAGUGGAAUAGUAUAUAUUUAGAGAAGAUAAUGUAAAUAUAAUUAAAGAAAUAUAGAGGAGGAGGUUAUUUUAAUGAUGAUGGAUUAAAGACUGGAAAAUGGAUUGAAUUACAUCCUAAUUUUUAUGAGUACAUUAUUUAGAUAUAUAAUGAAGAUUAUCUGAAAUGUUUUACGUUGGGGAAUAUCAAUUAGGAAAAAGAAUUGGAUUUUGGAAUUUAAUUAAUAAGAAGAAAUAAAUGUAAAAAAUUGAAUUAUUUUAUAGAGGUGGAGGAGUUUAUAAUGAAAAUGGAUUAAAAGAUGGUAAAUGGAUUGAACCACACGAACAUUAUUUUAAGUAUUUAAUCGUUUUCAAUAUCAGCUUUUGUUAAGUAAUAUUUGUUGGUUCAUAUUAAAAUGGAAGAAAAUGUGGAAAAUGGGAAACUUUGCACUAGCAACUAGGAAAUAUAAAUUAUAUUGUUAUUGGUGGAGGAGUAUAUGAUGAUUUUGAUGUUAAAAAUGGAAUGUGGAAAGAGCUGCAUGCUAAUUUUUAAGAGUACAUAAAUUUUUAUUGUUAAGUUUUUCAGUAGUAAUUAAUGAAGGACUUUAUUAAGAUGGUUAAAAAAUUGGAAAUUGGAAUACUUUGUAUAGAAAAUAUGGAGAUGAAGAAUUUUAGACUAUGUAACAAUAAAAUUUAAUCUUUAGAGGAUCAGGAUUUUAUGAUGAAGAUGGUUAUAAGAAUGGAAUUUGGAAGGAAGUAGAUGUCAAUUUUUGGGAGUAAAUUUUUAAUUAAUAUAAAAUUAGUGAAUGUAUAGUAUUUCAUACUGGCUAAUAUCAUAAAGGAAAGAAAUUAUACAAAUGGGAUACAUUNUAUCAAUUUGGAAAUAAAUGA